AUGAGAUUCAUACUAGUAGUUUUAGCAAUAAUAGCAAUUUUAUCCAUAGUAAGCAAAGUAUCUGCAGAAGAUGCGAAAAAAGCUCCCGCACCAGCAAAAAAAGAAGAAGAGAAAGACAAAGCUGGAGCAAAAGGGAAAAAUCAGGAAAUGGCUCCACCAGCACAAGAGAACGGCGUGAAUGCUGCGAAUCCUCCCAAUGCCGCCGGUAAAUGCCAGGACCCAAACUGCCAAGGUGGUGCAGGAUGCAAAAACCCAAACUGCCAAGAUCCAAACUGUCAGGACCCAAACUGCAAAGCUGGAGCAGGACCUAAAGCCCCAAACGGCCAGGCAGCAGGUAAUCAAGACCCAAACAACAAAGGCCAGGAUGCUUCCAAAGACCAAAACGGCAAAGGCAAAGCCUGUACUGGUGAAAACCCUGCUAUAAAUGGUGGGAAGUAA